AUGGCAGCGCAACUCAUUUCCCUACCGGAGGUCGAACGCCUCAGCCCAACUUGCAUUCGCAUCCUUGGUGGAAACUCGGGCAAGUUCACACUUCAAGGGACGAAUACCUAUCUCCUAGGCACUGGAUCGACGAGACUCCUCAUUGACACUGGCGAAGGCAAGCCUUCAUGGAUUGCGGCAUUGAAAAAGACUCUAGCAGACGAGCAGGCCACGAUCAAGAGCGCACUGCUGACACAUUGGCAUCACGACCACAUUCAGGGAGCUGGUGAUUUAUUGGAGCAUUCCCCGGAUACGGCGAUCUACAAGUGUGAUCCCCACGAGGGCUGGUUGGACAUCAAAGAUGGACAGACGUUCGAGGUUGAGGGGGCGACUUUGACAGCCGUUUACACACCAGGCCAUACGACGGACCACAUGGCAUUUGUCCUACGCGACGAGAACGCUUUGUUCACGGGUGACAACGUCUUGGGUUACGGCACGGCAGUGUUCGAAGAUUUGGGAACAUAUCUGCGAAGUCUCGAGAAGAUGGAGAAGUUGGAUGAUGUUAAGGGCCGGGCAUAUCCGGGCCAUGGUCCCGUUAUCCGCAAUGCGAAGACAACGAUCCGGGAGUAUAUAUCACACCGAAGGGAGAGGGAGGACCAGGUCUUGCAGACUCUGACAUCUUGGAAGGCUGCUGAAGGUUCGCGACAAGUCAAGGGAUGGACUGCUAUGGAUUUGGUCAAAUUCAUUUACAAGGACUAUCCCGAAAGUCUAUUCAUUCCUGCUAUGGGCGGGGUGGUGCAAAUUCUACGCAAGUUACAAGCUGAGAAAAAGGUUGUUCUACUCCCAGGGAAAGACGACCGCUGGAGCCUGGAGGAUCGGUCAAGUUUGUGA